GGAUGGGGUGGGGGGGGGGAUGUGCGCGCCCCCGCUCGCCGAUCCCAUAGCCCUUCGAUGCUCAGGCGUUGGAGGCUUCCGCCGGCCUAUGAGCUGAGGGUCCCCCGCUAGGGCGACCCGGACUCGCCCCUCCUGCUCCGACGGUCGAGGGUUCCCCCCUGCCUCUCCGGGUGGAGGGGUGGGCUCGAGCCGGGACGUCCGCUUGGCUCAGGGCGUGGUCCGGUGGCAUCCCCCGGCCCCGGGAGCCUCGAUCACGUGGUUCAGUUAGCCGCAGGCCUAGCGGGGGGACCAGGUCCCUGUGACCCUAGGCUUCCCAGGCCAGCUCCGCAAAGUAUCCAGAGAUAAAAUCCUUGAUGAAACCCGACCCUAACCUGAUCUGGAUCAUAACCAUGAUGGUUCUCAUCCAGUUGGCCUCAUUUUACUUAGUCAAAGACUUACAGUGGAAAUGGGUCAUAUUUUGGGCCCUUGUCUUUGGCAGCUCCAUUAACCAUUCCAUUACUCUGGCUAUCCAUGAGAUUUCCCACAAUUUCCCCUUUGGCCACCACAAGGCCCUGUGGAACCGCUGGUUUGGAAUAUUUGCUAACCUGUCUCUCGGAGUCCCAUACUCUAUUUCCUUUAAGAGAUACCACAUGGACCAUCAUCGGUACCUCGGAACUGACCGCUUUGAUGUAGAUAUUCCUACCGAUUUUGAGGGCUGGUUCUUCUGCACCACUUUUAGAAAGCUUGUCUGGGUUAUCCUUCAGCCUCUCUUUUAUGCUUUUAGACCCCUGUUCAUCAAUCCCAAACCAAUUACCUAUCUAGAAGUCAUCAAUACUGUGAUCCAAAUCACUUUUGACAUUAUCAUUUACUAUGUUUUUGGAGUGAAAUCUUUAGUCUACAUGUUGGCAGCCACCCUGCUUGGCCUGGGUUUGCACCCAAUUUCUGGGCAUUUUAUAGCCGAACACUACAUGUUCUUAAAGGGACACGAAACAUACUCCUAUUAUGGGCCUCUGAACUUACUCACCUUCAACGUGGGCUAUCAUAACGAACACCAUGACUUCCCCAACGUUCCUGGGAAAAACCUGCCCCUGGUGAGGAAGAUUGCAAGUGAGUACUACGAUAACCUCCCUCAGUACAACUCCUGGAUCAAGGUGCUCUAUGACUUUGUGAUGGAUGACACCGUAAGUCCCUACUCGCGGAUAAAGAGGCCUCCAAAAGGGAACGAGAUUCUGGAGUAAAUAUCGGCCCAGCCGAAGCCGUUCCGUCCAUGGCUUCAGAAUAGGUGGUCAAGUGGAAUUUUGAUUCAUUAAGCUUAAGGUCAGUGACGCUCAGAAGCUGCACUGGCAUAAUUUCCAGCUAGGAUCUCAUCAGAGGCUCCUCAGCCUUCAGACAGGCCGAAGCUCGUGCUCUUUUGCGGCCGCUGCGCUUGCUCACCUGUACUCACGUGCUGUUUUACUGUUACUGAAGGUGUCUUAACUCAUGUCUGUCAUGCUGUAAGCAAAUCAUAAAGAGCUUAGGUUAUUUUUCACUAUAAAGUUUUACUUUAUUAAAGCACCUAAUAAACUGAACUGUUAAUCAUAUAUAUUAAUAUUCAUUGUAUUAUUAUAGGUUCCUAUGGUAUUGGUAUACUUACCAGAGUGCUAGGGAGAACUUUAAAAUUUCAUCCAGAAAUUUUAUUUUGUUAAAGGCUUGACUUGAGCACAUAUGGUAGUGUGUAAGUUUCCUCUGGAUUUAAUAAUUUAUUCUUAGUGGGGAAAGGAAGGCUCAUAAGACUCAGGAACUGAUGAACUUCUCCAUCAAGAGAGUCUCUCCUCAAGGGUCCAGACCUCAAGUGCUUCCUGGAGGAGCUUUUGUUAGUCCGACCGGAGCCGGAGUCCAAGGAUGCAGGUUCGACUUUUGUGAGUUUGCCACCCAUGCUGGGCUGGGCAUGUCGUUGUUGCAACUGCCUUUGAGUAGCUGAUGAUCUUCUAAGUAACCCAAAUAAACUCACUGGUUUACUA